AUGAAGGUAGCUCUUCUCUGCGCCAUUGUGUUUGGCGCCAUCUCGGUGGCUGCAUCUGCCUCGCAGGCUGUCGUCGACGACGAUGCUCUACGCUGGAGCAAACACCAGCGCUUCGGCGCCACUGAGCAGAAGCGCUCUCAGAAGAACGACAAGAAGAUCCGCUUCAAGCACGACCUCGCCGUCCCCGGACGUAGCAGAUACCCUCCGUUUACAGCUGCACUCAUCAAGCGCGGCGAGUCGGGCGCCGUGGCCGAGAUCGGCGAGAACCUCGCCAGCCUUCUCAAAGGCACCGCCAACGGCGGUGAGAAAGGCACCGAGGCUAUCGGCAGUCACUACGCAUCGACUUCGAACGCCAACGUCCGUCCACACAUCCCCGAGGCUCAUCCCUAUCCUCGCCCCGCUUUCGAGCCGCCCCGCUACUCGAACCCGUUCGAAGCUCACGAGCCUCCUCGCUACUCGGCUCCCUAUCCGGCGCCUUCUCCCGCACGUGAUCCCGCUCUGACCGAGAAGCUCGACAAGAUCUCGGACAAGCUCAAGAAGCUCAAGAAGAACCAGGUGGAUCACCAGCAGCAGAUCAUGAUGAUGGAGGAGCUGCAGGCCAAGCAGAUGAUGGCUGAGCACGCUGCUGGUGGCGCUGCUGGUGCUGCUGCUGCGGGCAAGUCGGCGAAGCGUGGCUGGGGUACUGGCGCCAUGGCUCUCGCUGUCGGCGGUGGUCUCGCUGGUGGCUACGGCCUGACCAAGCUGUUCGACACCAAGCCUUCCGACUCGACCACGGCGUACAAUGCGCAAGACCAGGCCGCGCUUCAGGCCAACGGCGGCGCCGCACAGGGAAGCAUGCCCGUCGAUGGCGCUCCUCAGGGUCAGGCAGCGGCUGGAGGCGCCGGUGCUGCAGCUGACAGCGAUAUCGCCGAGGGACCGUACAGGGUGCCCAACUCGAACCUCGUCUGGCUGGUCGACAAGGAGGGGCAGACGCACGUGCUCGAUCCCGCACAGAACUACGCUGAGGUCCCCCCGCCGAAGGGCUGGCAGCCUCCUGCCCAGGGUGGGGGAGGCAACACUGCGCCUUCGUCUUCAGGCGCCAAUGACGCAGCCGGUAGCCAGCCUGUGAGCCGCAACAGCGGCGAUCAGCAGGCUGAUGCUGGUGCUGGCUCCGCUCCUGGCGCUCAAGCUCCUGCUGACGGCGCCGCUAAUGGCCCCGGUCCCGACAGCAACACUCAAAGCGGCGCUGACGGCAACGCUCCUCAGUCUCAGAACGGAGCUGGCCAGCCUGAGCAGGGUGGCGGUGCACCCAGCCAGGGCGGUAGCAACCCAAAGCCGGUAUGGGACAAGAGCACACAGAUGUGGUACGUCACCAGCCCCAAGGGCGUCCGAUUCUACAUCGAUGACCAGACUGGCUACUUUAUCAACUCGCAGACGGGCGACGUCAGUGAUCCCAAGACUGGCAAGAUCAUCUACCGUGGAGACCAGCUGAUGGACAAUGGCGGCGGUAACGGCGCUUCCGGCCAAGGUCAAGCUGGUGCUGGGGGUCCUUCUGCUGGCGCUAAUGGUCAAUCUGGUGGCGGAGCUCCUGCCGGCACUGGCGCUGGCGCAGGUGCUCGCGGUGGCCAGAUGCGGAAGCGCAGCCUUCGACACCGAAAGCUCGAAAAGCGCCAGUAUUCCACGGCUGCCUACAAGGCCGCGAGUCCCGCCCUUCGAGAGCAAGCGAAGGAAGCGCUGCUUCGUGAGUCAUCCGGCGCUACCGCCUUGGACGUCGUCAAGAAGCCGAGCAUGUUCAAGACGCUGGGCAAAGGAGCACUUGGCAUCGGAGCGCUAGCAGCGCUUGUCAUGGGUCUCAGCGCGUACGCUCACCCCAAUCGACCCAACACGACGCCGGACAACGAGUACGGUCUCGUACCCACCAGCGCCUGCGACGUCUACGGCCAACCGAUCAUGCGGGACUUCCGCGGCGUGCUGUGGAACAAGUCGACGUACGCGCGUGUCGACAUGAACGACAUGUCCGGCAUCCACGCUUGCACGGCGGAGGAGGCUGCUGCUGCUGGGCAGAGCAUGGCCUCCAGUGGCGGAGCCGGACAGCAAAAGCGAUCCUUGCACGAUACUAAUUCGAUGCCAGCCGAACUGGUCGCUGCUGUGAAGGAAGACGUCGAACACGACGCUGCUGCGCCGCUCCAGAAGCGCCAGAUGAAAGCUCUCGGCAGCCUCCUCCCCUCCAUGUCGGCAUCCGGCACCAUGGCUGUCGCAGGAACCGUGCUCAUCACAGCCCUCUACCUGCACAGCAUCCAUCAGAAAAAGCUCCAAGUCCUCCAAGACGACUACAACAGCAAAUUCCACUCGGCGGGCGAGGCGGCGAGCUCGGUGGGCAACGCGAUCAGCACGGGCGCCAACGGUCAGCUGUUCAAUCCGCUCACCGGCGAUCUGAUCAUGGUUGACCAGAGUACCAACGCUUACUACGACUCGGGCUCGGGCGAGCAGGUCAAUCCCAAGACCGGAAUGCCAUUUCGCUACGGCGAUGGAGGAGAAGAGAAAAAGGAUAAGCCGGUGCGACUGCCACUGGACCAAAGCGGUAACGUGUCUGGUGACUCACCCGAGGUGCAGCAGGCCAUGCAGCAGUGGAGUCAGAUGACACCACAGCAGCAGCAGCAGUUGAUGGCUCAGUAUGGCGGUCUUGCGCAUCAGAUUCUGAAUUCGCCCGACCCGAACGCGGCUUUGCAGGCUUGGAGCGAGCAGCAAGGUCAAAUGGGGAUCUCCGGCGCUCAGCCACCGCGACAGCAGCAGUAG